CAACAUUUCAACAAAAAUCCUUUGGCAUUUUCAGUGCCACACGAUCCAGGAAAUGAAGAAAAAAAAAAGUCAAGUCGAACAGGUGUCACUCGAUCGACUUAAUGUUCGGCGUUAGCUAUUUUUAAUAAAAUAAUAAUUAAUUCUUGGUUAUUUACCAGGUUUCUGUUAUUCAACACGUGUUUUACAAAAGGAAUCAUCGAAAAUAUAUUAAAUGCCUGAAAUCGGAUACAGAAAAGAAGCUUUACUUAGGUUAUAACCAUUUAACAAGCAGUACUAUCUACGUUCUUUAUCUGAAGCAUAUUAGUCUCCAGGUGUGAAAAUGCUAUCAGAUGAAUCAAGCAGUGAUUCAGAGACAGGUAGAUUUAAAGGUCGUUCAACCAAACAAGAUGAACAAAAAAGAAAUUCUAACCAAAAAGAAGACAGUAGUCGAUUUCCAGCAAGAAGUAAGCCUUCAGAUAGUGAUAGAUUUAGACGAGAUUUUGAAAGACAAAAAGAUGACCGUGACAGAUUUAAUAGGCAUGAUAGAGAUAGACAUAGGUAUUCUAGACAUUCUCCUAUUGGCAGAAGGAAAUAUUCUAGAGAAAGAAGUAUAGAAAGAUCUCGUGAAAGGUAUAGGCAUGGAAGAGACAGAGACUCCCGAGAAAGGCCUAAACAUUCAGACUACAGGCCUUCUAGUAGGGACAGACAGAAAAGAAGUAGUUCUCGGUCAUACAAGCCUUCAGGAAGUACAAGAGACAUAAAAGAAGAAAUACGACGUAGCCUAGCACCAAGAGAUGAUAAAACAGACAGAAAUUUGGUACGUCAAAAAGAACAUUUAAGAGAGAAAGAAAAAGUUGUAGCUAAAGAAAAGUCUCCAUCGCCGGAACUUAACAUAAAAAAAUCUGAAGUACACAGGCCUUCACGUGCUCCACAACGAAAAAGGAAAAGUGACAGUCCAAUAGUGGUUGAACAUAGUGAUGAAUCUGAUGAAGUAAAACCUGGUUCUUACUACAAUAUGAUACCAGCUGUUGUUAAAGAAAAAUCAGAAGAGUCAAGUGAAAUAGACUCUUCAGAUGACGAAAAAUUGAGGGCGAAGCUUUUAAACUUAGAGAAAGAGCUUCACAAAACCAAAAAGAAAAAACACAAAAAGAAAAGUAAAAAGAAGAGUUCAAAAUCCAGCAAUCAUGAUAGAGAUGAAGAAGCAACUUCUGUAGAAGUGAGCAGUACAACUGAUAUACAGGAUAACAUGAAAAAUGUACCUAAAAGUAGUUCUGAAACUGCAGAAGUUACAUCUACCCAAAAAAGUCAAAAAGAAAGUUGUGAGGAAGGCGAGAUAUCAAGCGAUGAUGAUAACAACAGCAACUUAGAAUAUGAUCCAACAGAUUUAAGAUACAAACUGAAGAGAUCUGGACCCAAGAGAGAUGUAAGUGCGGAAAAGGCAAAUGUGUGUGGACCGGCACUGCCGCCACACUUGAAGAAUAAGUUUGCAGGCAGCAGCAGUGAUGUGGAGGGGCCAGCCUUGCCACCUCAUCUCAAAGGCAGUUCAAAGAAUAUUGGUCCAUCGAUACCUGACGAUAUGCGUAAGGUUCUAGCAGACAGCAAACAGGCAGCAGUGAAGUAUGAGAGCUCAGAUGAAGAUGUCGGUAUUGGUCCAUUGCCAUCCGGAGCCGAAGAGAAAUGGACAGAUGCCCACAAACGCCUUGAAGAACGCGCUUUGGAUAUGAAAAUAAGAAAACUUGAUGGCCAUUCGUUAAAAAGCAGCAAUGUGAAAUCUCGUGAGCAGUGGAUGUUGGAGCUACCGGAAGGCAAAGCCAAGUAUUUGGGUUUAGAGGCGCGAUCCUUCAGAGCUAAGGAGGGUCCCGACAUGUCAGACAGGUCGAGUUGGACAGACACGCCAGCAGAGAAAGCUCGGAAGGCAGCCGGUAUACCGAAGGAAGAAGAUGCUGAGUUAGCUCUGCAAAGGGAAGCCAAGGCGCGGCAGAUCUCCAACAGGGAUGAACAACAAGAAAUGGCCGUCAAGAAACAUAAAAAGAAACAUAAGAGAGAAGAAAGUCUUUUGGAAAUGCAUCAGAAGAAAUUGAAAAAGAAAAAAAAGAAAGAAGAAAAGGAUGAAGGCAAGAAAGAGAGGCGGCCGUUCAGCCGCGACGUGGACUUGCAAGUGAACCGCUUCGACGAGGCGCAGAAGAAAUCCAUCAUCAAGAAGGCGCAAGAUUUGAACACCAGAUUUUCCCGCGGCGAGGCAAAAUUCCUUUGAUGUACCUACCUACCUAUGUACGUAUAAUCUUUUUACAAAAUGUGUGUACAAACUUUUUUAUCCAUAUUUAGUACAUGAUGAUUAUUGUACAAUGCAGUGGUUAGAAUUAGUUUUAAUCGGUGUAAUCUAAAGAUAUUCUCGUGUUAACUUAAUUGGGUUUACUAGAAAAGACUCAAUUUAGUGGGUAAUAAUGAAUUAUUUUAGUUUUUAGCCAUAAACAAGGCAUAGCAACUGUAACUGAGCAAAAAUCGACCUUAUACUAAUGUUGUAUAAGAUUGUCUGAAUAUAUGUAUCUUGAGCAUUUUACUUCGGAUUUUUAAUCCUAUCCUAAAAUACAUCGUAUAUCCAGUGAUUCGAUCUCAUAGUGUCUCAUCUAGAUAGUACCUUUACUAUAUAUAGCUUAUGUACCUAAAGUGGGUAAUUAAUGUUUUGGUUAAUUCCGAAUGUCACUUAUUUUACUUGUAUAAGGUUUAUAUUGCAGAUGUUUUUGUGAAAUGUUUUAGACAGUUCAUUUUAAAUAACACACAUUUUACCUAACUUGUGGUCAUAUCACGAUAUUGUUUAAAAUUAUGUAAGGUGUGUUCUUAUAAGAACUUAAAUUUAUUGAAGUGUAUUUAGUAGCAAAAGUUGUUCGUAAAAUGAAAUUGUAAUGUAAGACGAGAAUACACUACUUUUACUGAUGUA